GGGAAAUGGAGGCCACCGCCGCCGAGACGGGGCUCGCCCAGAGACCGGUUGUGCUGUACCCGUCACCAGGGAUGGGCCACCUGGUCUCCAUGAUCGAGCUCGGCAAGCUCCUCGGCGCGCGGGGGCUGCCCGUCACAAUCGUCGUCGUCGAGCCGCCCUUCAACACGGGCGCCACGGCGCCUUUCCUCGCCGGCGUCUCCGCCGCCAACCCGUCCAUCUCCUUCCACCGCCUGCCCAAGGUGGAGCGCCUCCCUCUCGUCAGUACCAAGCACCAGGAGGCGCUCACCUUCGAGGUCAUCCGCGUCUCCAACCCGCACCUCCGCGAGUUCCUGGCCGCCGCGACCCCGGCCGUGCUCGUCGUCGACUUCUUCUGCAGCAUCGCGCUGGACGUGGCGGAGGAGCUCCGCGUGCCGGCCUACUUCUUCUUCACCUCGGGCGCCGAGGUCCUGGCCUUCUUCCUGCACCUCCCGGCGCUCCACGAGCGGGCCACGGCGAGCUUCCAGGACAUGGGGGAGGAGCCCGUGCAGGUGCCCGGCAUCCCGCCGUUCCCGGCGACGCACGCCAUCCUGCCCGUCAUGGAGCGCGACGACGCGGCUUACGACGGCUUCGUCAAGGGUUGCGCCGACCUCUGCCGCUCCCAGGGCGUCCUCGUCAACACGUUCCGCCUGCUGGAGCAGCGCGCCGUCGAGACCGUGGCCGCGGGCCACUGCACGCCCCCCGGCCUCCCGACCCCGCCCAUCUACUGCAUCGGGCCGCUCAUCAAAUCGGAGGAGGUGCUGGGCAAGGGCGGCGAGGAGUGCCUGGCGUGGCUGGACGCGCAGCCCAGGGCCAGCGUGGUGCUCCUCUGCUUCGGCAGCAUCGGCCGGUUCAGCGCCGAGCAGAUAAGGGAGGUGGCGGCCGGCCUGGAAGCCAGCCGGCAGCGCUUCCUGUGGGUGGUCCGGGCGCCGCCCAGCGACGAUCCGGCCAAGAAGUUCGAGAAGCCGCCGGAGCCGGACCUGGACGCGCUCCUCCCGGAGGGUUUCUUGGCCAGGACCAAGGACAGGGGCCUCGUCGUCAAGUCGUGGGCACCGCAGCGGGACGUGCUAGCGCACGCGUCCGUUGGCGGCUUCGUCACGCACUGCGGCUGGAACUCGGUCCUGGAGGCGAUCAUGGCGGGCGUGCCGAUGGUGGCGUGGCCGCUCUACGCGGAGCAGCGGCUCAAUCGGGUGUUCCUGGAGAAGGAGAUGCAGCUGGCCGUGGCCGUGGCAGGGUACGACAGCGACAAGGGCCUCGUGCCGGCCGAGGAGGUUGCUGCGAAGGUGCGUUGGAUCAUGGACUCCGAAGGCGGGAGGAUGCUCCGGGAGCGCACGCUGGCGGCCAUGCGGCAGGCCAAGGACGCGCUGCGCGAGGGCGGUGAAUCGGAGGCCACACUGGCCGGGCUGGUGGACGACUGGAAACGUACUUGACGUGGUUGCUGUGGAUUAUGUUGGAAGGGGGUGGGGGUUACGCGACACUGUUCGCCAUCUAUGGACUUUACAUCGGAACGAGACCUUCUAGAUGAUCAAUUAUGUCCUGGUACCAGAAACUGUUCUAGAUGAUUAAUUAUUAUAUAAAUUAAACUAUUAUUU